CGGAGGCCGGACCGCAGGUGUGCCGGGCGGGCGGAGCCCGCCAGGGCGCGGGGGCGGAGCCGGGGCCGGCAGGUAAGAGCUGCCCUGCGGCGAGCGCCGACGGACCGGAUGAAGUGCCGCCGCCACCUCUGCGCUUUCGACGCGGCCCGGGGCCCCCGGCGGCUCAUGCGGGUGGGCCUGGCGCUGAUCCUGGUAGGCCACGUGAACCUGCUGCUGGGGGCCGUGCUGCACGGCACCGUCCUGCGGCACGUGGCCAACCCCCGCGGCGCCGUCACCCCGGAGUACACCACCGCCAAUGUCAUCUCCGUGGGCUCAGGGCUGCUGAGCGUUUCCUUGGGACUUGUGGCCCUUUUGGCGUCCAGGAAUCUUUUUCGCCCACGACUGCACUGGGCCCUGCUGGCGCUAGCGCUGGUGAACCUUCUCUUGUCUGCUGCCUGCUCCCUGGGCCUCCUCCUCGCUGUGUCCCUCACUGUGGCCAAUGGCGGCCGCCGUCUUAUUGCUGACUGCCACCCAGGACUGCUGGAUCCUUUGGUACCGCUGGACCAGGGGUCUGGACAUGCUGACUGCCCCUUUGACCCCACGAAAAUCUAUGACACAGCCUUGGCUCUCUGGAUCCCUUCUGUGUUCAUGUCUGCAGCCGAGGCUGCUCUCUCUGGUUACUGCUGUGUGGCUGCGCUCACCCUGCGUGGGGUAGGGCCCUGUAGGAAGGAUGGGCUACAGGAACAGGUAAGGAAGACGAACAGGAAGGGUUCAUUCAAUACACAUUGUCUUGAAGACACGCUGGAUUAUACAACUGAGGGCUGGAGCACUGACCCCACCCUCUUCUGUAGCUGGAGGAGCUGACAGAGCUUGAAUUUCCUAAACGUAAAUGGCAGGAAAAUGUGCAGCUACUGGACCAAACGCAAGAAAUCCGAACCUCACAGAAAAGUUGGGUUUAGGGCCAGGUAAUGGGCCAAGAGGACUGUGGCCUGGGAAAGGGCAGUGGUAGGGAGCAUGCCUCGAACUGGGUUGAGUCCCUUGCUGUGCUGCUGGCCCUCUGACCAGGCUCUCCCUUCUGUCAAGCAGGUGCAGGUCCAAAGGCUCCGUCCACUGACCCCUAGGAUAUGUUUAUAUAGUAACAGCUGUAAUAAAAGGACGUCUCUUCUG